UCUGGAUCUUGCUUCCUCCUCAAAUGAAGCACCCAAACUCCAUCUUUUCAAUCAGACCUUAGCUAGAUAGUCAUCUCAGAUAAAUAAGAACUGAAAAUGAGUGAGUUCAUGGAAGAUGAUCAUGAUGUUAAUGAUGAGAUACAAAAUUUCAUUAAGGUAUGGUUCUAUGCUAUAUUAUCUUUAGUAUACUGUUAUUAUGUCGUAUCAAAAUUAAUCCCAAAAGGAAUUCUUAGAUUAGCUUUUCUGUUACCAGUUUUCUAUCUCUUCACAGUUCUUCCUUUCUCUCUUAAUUCUCUUCAUCUUGGUGGUAGUUGUGUUUUUUUUCUCACCUGGGUUGGAAAUUUCAAACUGUUCCUUUUCGCUUUCAAUUUGGGCCCUUUAUGUGCUCCCUGUGCGGUCGCACACCCUCCAGAUCGGGUGUGUUCGUCGUCAACAACGGAUCCAUCUAAAUCACUUCUCCUUUUUGUGUCAUUAGCUUGUCUACCGAUCAGACUCAAACCCAACACAUCAACAACACUACCGAAAACCAAAGAAUACUAUCCAUAUGCGGAAAUUGGUUUACAAGUCUUGAUACUCUCAGUUUUAAUAAGAAUUUAUGAUUAUAGAGAGGUUUUGCAUCCAAAUGUAAUUCUAGUUUUUUACUACUUACAUGUUUACAUUGGUGCUGAGAUUGCUCUAGCCAUUAGUGGAGCCUUAGGCCGAAUCAUUUUAAGACAAGAAUUGGCACCACCAUUUGAUAAGCCAUACCUUUCAAGCUCACUCCAAGAUUUUUGGGGAUAUAGAUGGAACCUAAUGGUCACGGGUAUUCUACGAUCUAUGAUUUACAAUCCGGUACGCCGUAUUUUUACUCCGAUAGCUGGGAAAACAUCGGCACAACUAUUAGGGGUAUUUUUAGCCUUUGUUGUGUCAGGAGUAGUACAUGAAGCAGUGUUCUAUUAUCUUGCCCGUGCGCAUCCUACAUGGGAAGGGACUUGGUUUUUUGUGUUACACGGCAUGUGUACAAUUAUAGAAGUAGUAAUUAAGAAGUGGUUGAAUACCAGCAGAUCCUCCAAGUGGGUGUUGAAUCGAUGGGUUUCAAGAAUUAUGACUGUGGGAUUUGUUAUUGUUACGGGGAUUUGGCUGUUCACUCCACAACUCAUACGCAAUGGUGUUGACACGAAAGUCCUCCAUGAGUAUAGGAUUUUUGGGGAAUUUGUCAUAAAAAAGUUCCAUAAAUUUUUGCAUUAUGUGAAUCACCAGCUUAACUAGUAUGUAUUUGGUUGUGUAAAUUAGUAAUAACUUGUUCUUUGUUC